GGGCUAUUAGACUGCUUUCGCUGUACUGAUGACUUGAGCACCAAGGUGCGCUAUUUCCAGGCCUAUGAGAACGCACAAUGAUUUACCACCAAGAAUAUCGCCGGAGAUACGCUGUAAAUACGACGGAGAUAAGCUGAUAUGCCGGAGAUGCAAGAGUAACUAGUAUGUCCUGGGGAGAAGGCAUCUCGAAUAUAUAAAUUGGACCUCGUUGGCUAUAGAAAUCAAACUGUGCUGACCUCCCCUAUGCAUCUGAUAUCACCAUCUCCCUCAUAAGUAACAGUAACAAUAGCCUCAAUAUCAAAAUGACAACUUCAGACCACGAACUCAUCCGAAACGCUAUCGCCUACUUCCCAAUAGCGGUUGACAAGGGAAAUUACGAACUACUUUCCAAAGCAUUCACAACCGAUGCCGUCAUAAAGUACCCAGAGCCGAUAGGCACCCUCACCGGCCUCGUCGAGAUAAUCCAACGGACAAAGGCUUUUCUGACUAACAUGAAGACGCAUCAUGCUUUGACAACCCAGGCUAUUGAGCUUACAAGUGAGAACACUGCGACUGCAACGACCUACUGUAUGGCGGGACAUUUUGGCACUGGGGAUUAUGAGGGCAAGCAGUUGACGGGAUGGGCUGAUUUCAACGAUAAGUUGGUGAAAGGGGAAUUUGAUGGUGAGCAAGGAUGGAGAAUUGUGGAGCGUGUUGUGGAUUUCCAUGUUCCUCAUACUGGUGAUCGGUCUCUUUUUGGGUGGGAUGGUUAGUCAGUUUAAGAGACUGGGAAUGAUAAUCAGUUGA